UAGCUACGGCGGAGAGCGAUACGGAAUAAUAUUUCUUGGUUAUAGAACACAUGGUAUAUUAUACAAUAUGACAGGAUCCCAAUACUGAAGGCUACUGGGAACUGGAGGUUCUCUCCCUGUAUUACAGUUCGAAAUGAAUGACAUCGACAUAAAUGUACCGCGAUGUUUUAUAGAAAGCGGAAGUAUGAGUCAUCUGUUGUUCGGAUAACAGGUGCUUAUGAAGAAUUGAAAUAUAGCGUAUUAGUAGCGAUUAGCUGUGAAUGAGCGGCGUCUUGACGUGCAGACGUGUGUGCACUUCGCUGCAUCCACUGUUAUCGGGCUAUCGGCCGCGGUCCGGUGUCGCACGCUUCGUGAAAUUAGUGUCAUCGUUUCAAAUAUUUAUUAAAAAAAUAGUGAGCUUCGAGGUUUAAUUACAAGUAUUAAUAAAUUUAGAAACAUUGUUUUAAAUAUAUUUAAAAAAAAAUUGUGUCGAUAAAGUGACAAAAAUUUUAAUUUUUCUAGUGAAGUUUUUUUUUAUUUUUAUAUUUAAAAAAAAAAGGAAUAAUGGUUCCAACAAUAAGAACGAGAUACUGAAGUAUUUACUUUGUAGAUUUUGAAUAAAUAAAAUAAUAAAGUAUGAUGUCAGCCCAAUCAAAUAUUGCGGACGAGCACGACGGCCAGUUCAACCUGGACGGUAUCCUGAGUGAGCUGGGCAGCUUCGGCAAGUACCAGCUGUUCCUGUUGCUGCUGCUUGCCUUCCGGGACUCAUUCCUUAACAUGUGCAAUUUCAAUUACGUGUUUACAGCAGCCGAGGUUCCUUUCAGAUGUCGUAUACCAGAAUGCGAGAUGUCAAUUCUGAGUCUCAACGCGUCAUGGGCUAAUUUCGCGACAUCCAAUGCUACGUGUCGUCGACCCGUGCUCGCUGCACCGCCAAACUUCACCUCCUGCGACUCGUGGACGUUUGAGAGCAAUCACACUGUCGAGUGCGAUGACGUGCUUUAUGAGAAUUACAACAGUAUCGUCGCUGAGUUUGAUUUGGGCUGCCAGCCGUGGAAGAGGACUUUGAUUGGAACCGUGCACAAUCUGGGACUAGUUUUUUCCUUCAUAGUUUCGGGAUUUAUAUCAGACAGAUAUGGCAGGAAAGUGAUAAUAGUUGGCACGCCACUAAUGGUCGGCGUUGCGGGUCUACUCAAGUCUUUCGCCUUUGAUUACUGGACCCUCCUCGUGCUGGAGUUCCUGGAAACCGCACUGGGAUAUGGCAACGCUUCGAUGGUUUUAUCUCUAGAGUCAGUAAGUCAGAAUAGCAGGGUAGCGUUUUCUUGUAUAUCGGACAUUUUAUCUAGUCUGGGUGGAGCAUUCUUCGGACUCAUCGCGUGGAAAAUUCCUUACUGGAGACAUAUGAUGCGCGCCAUUUAUGCACCGCUUUUAAUUGUGGUGUUCUACAUAUUUCUCGUCGACGAAGGAGUAAGAUGGCUUUUAGCUCAUAACAGAAAGGACGAAGCAGUCCGCGUGCUUAAUAAAGUAGCGAAAAUCAAUAAUAUUACACUUUCUAAUAAGGCUAAGGAAAUGCUAACAAAGAUAACAGAAGAGAAAAGUAAAGCAGACGAGGUUGAGCAGUCAUCUCCAUCAGAAAAUCUGCAAAUCUCAUCGGUCCUUCGAUCAAAAACUAUUCUCGUCCGAAUGGCAAUUAUGGCAGCUUGCUUGUUUUGGUGCAUGUUUGUGUAUAGUGGAGCCAUGAUCAACUCAACCACCAUUUCAGGCAGCAAAUAUCUUAACUUUUCUGCCAUGAUGCUAGUGUCGGUACCAACGAGAAUUAUUACAGCCUUAACAUUAACAAAGUUUGGUAGAAAAAUACCCAUUUGUGUUGCAUACUGUUUGUGUUCCAUGUUCUUUAUGGCGUCCGCUUUUGUGCCUCAAUCUAUCUGGUGGGCUUCUGUGAUUUUGUACAUGGCGGGUAAGAUGUGCAGUAGCUACGGUAUUUUCUCAUUACAAGUAGUGGCGAUGGAGUUAUUUCCAACUACGUCCCGUAACUCUCUGACAAAUAUCGUUACCACUGUCGGCCGGCUUGGCUCUGUGAUAGCUCCACAAACACCGUUAUUAGAACAGUUUAUGUCAGGUAUGCCUAGCGUGGUAUUUUCAUUAGCAGCGCUGGGCACAGCGCUGCUGGCACUCUUAUUGCCAGACACAAGUCGCAUGGCGCUGCCUGAGAGCAUCUGUGACGCUGAGCGCAUUAACGCCCCGAAUGACACCAAUCGUGAUGUAAGCAAUGCCUGAAAACUACUUUUCUAAAAGUAUAGUGAGUUUCAAUCCGCCUAUUUUAAGAGAAAGACUGUGAACUACGAAGAUCUGUAAACAGUAGUGUUAUUUUGCUUAACCAUGAUAACAAGAAGUAUAAUUUUAUUUAAUAAAUUUAUUUAUUAAGAUAAUGGUAAGUUUUUACUGUUUAUGUUAUAAUUGUGUACAAAAUAAUUAAACUAACGUCAAUGUAUGUAACGGCCAGGGCGCCUGGCAGGACAGUUUACAUGGCUUUUAGCAUAAAUAAGUAUUUUUAUUUUUCCUGGCAAAUCAACGGAUUAAAAAGUAUCCUAGUAUUAUAUAAUAUAAAAACAACAGUUGAGUGUGCUGACAAGAUUCCGUAAUUAUUUAACUAUAUGCAUAAAUUUGUAAAAAAAUAUCAAAAUUGUUCUGUAAGCAUUAAUAAAGUUUGAUUUUUUUU